UCCCUCUGUAGUCCUCUCUGGCCUUGCUUGGUGCUUAGUGCCUGGCGUCCAGGGUAUCUCACAUUCAUAGCGACCCUCUGCCAUUGUUGCAUUAGCUUUUUCGCUGCUGUGAGAGCAACACUCAACCGCGUGUUUCACUCAUCUUGUCGGCCGCUCGCUGCAGGUCUGGUGAUGCAGGGACUGGGGAAGACAGAGAGAGGAGAGCAGGGCCGUGACAUCGACUUGGCAUCGAUGAGAUCAACCAUGCCCGCCAGUGGCCCUCUGCAGGGAGGUUCCACCCCUAACUUGAACAUGAACCUGUAUGCUACCAAGAAGACAGCAGCUGAGGGCAUGCUGGACAUUGCUCUGUUCCUGGCUAACAUCACCCACAUGAAGACCGUCAUUGAGCAAGGAGCUGGAUAUAGGUACUACGCUGCUGUGCUGACGCUGAUUUCCUUCUCUCUGGCUCUUCAGAUUGUGGCCGGUGUCCUGAUUAUCAUAAUUGGCCGUCGGGAUCUGAACAACUCCACUCUGCAAAGGCGUCUGGACUACUUGAACAACGUAACAACCAUCAUAGUCUUCAUCACAACAGUUCUCAACUGCUUCGUCAGCACAUUUGGCAUGCAGAGGACGGGAUAUUUCCCAUGGCUAAUGAUGCGUAUUCAUUGAUACACAUGUCAGCUUUGCAAUAGUUUUUAAUCCCAUCUGUAACUUUACUGUGUAACUUUGCAAUAACAAAACCUCAUGAGCAUCACUCAGAUUAUUAUUAUUAUUCAUAACAAAAUGAGUACUACAGUUUCAUAAUAGUUGGUGUUAACUUAUUUCUGUAAAAGUCUAAUAAAUAUAUGCCAGAACAUUCUUUUUUCCUCUGUAUUUCACACAAAGGGAGACCUAUUGACAGGUUUCUUCCAGCUUGGAAAGGUUCUGCAUAUGCUUUGACGCUGAAUGAUUUUUGACAAGUUUUCUAUAUUCUAAUAAUUGGUUUCCAAUAAAUAUCAUGUACCAGCAGAAA